CGUUCAGCCUUUACAUUGAGAACAUUCCUGCCAAAACUGCUCAGACCUGACCGCUGAAACGCCUCCACGCACUGGAAUUGAACCUUUAUCGCGUUCGUAUGAUGUCUAAUGUAACUAGGGGGCUAGGCUGCCUGGCCGGCCCCCCGGGGCGCGGGCAUUUGCCGCUGACCGCCAGGACCGCACUGUGGUGACGGCAGUACAGCAGCAGCAGUAGGCGCCGCGAUGCCCUUGGAGGCGUGGGAGGUCUUUGACGCCUCCAAUGAGGAGCUGCUGGCGGAGCUGCAGAGCCUGCAGCAGCUGCUCAGGGCGGGGCAGACCCAGCACAAACUGCUGUACGACACCGUACGGCAGGAGCUGGAGGAGCGGGGCGUGUCCAACAAGGUCAUGGCGCAGCUAGCGCCCCCGGCCCCGCCCGCGGCGGCUGCAGCGCCGACAUUGCUGCCAGCCGUGUCCGCACACGCCCCGCUCUCGGCACAGACCUCCUCCGCUUUCCUGCUGCACGGCCACAGCCACGGCCACAGCCACGGGCAGGGUUACGGACCCGUGCACGGGACCGCGUACGGCCAUGGGCAGUACGCGUCAGCGCACCUCAGUCCCGCAGCGGCGCCGCCACCCGCGCCGCCGCCGUCGCCGCCCCCGGUCCAGCAUGCGGAGGUGGUGGUGGUGCCACAGCAGCAUGUGACACCGGUUGCCGCGUUGUACUCGUUCGGGUCGUUUGGAGGCGGAGGAGCCGGCGGCGGAGGUGGAGGAGGUGGGACGGGUGGUGGAAGCGGGGCGUUGCACCAAGCACAGCAGCUACAGCAGCCGGCCUCUGCCACGCGCCCCCACGCCCCCGUGCCAGCACCAGCGCCGGUGCCAGCGCCGACGCCCCUGCCGCCAACUCCGGCGGCAGUGGCAGCAGCAGCAGCAGCAGCUACAGCCGCGGCCAUUAGCCCAAUGUACCGCAACUACGACGUCGGGCCGUCGGGCCACAAGGAGCAGGCACAGCCGCAGGCCCCGGCGGCCUCUCCUGCUGCUACUGCCGCUGCUACUGCCGCAGUAGUGCGGGGCUCUAGCGGCGACGGCGGCAGCGGUGACUACAGCGAAGAUGACAUGGAGGGCGGGGACUCGGACAGUGAGGGGGGCGAGGAAGACGACACGGAGGGCGGCGGCGCCGCGCCGGAGGGGGAGGCCUCGGCAGCGGCGUCGACGCCGGCGGCGCCGUCCAAGCCGCCACUGAGUGUGUGGGAGGCGGCGAUGUUGGCGUUCCAGGAGGAGCAGAAGAAGCUGCGCAGGGCGCGCAAGGCCAUCCGCAAGGGCCCGGCCAAGCCGGCGCCCAAGAAGCCGGCGGUGCUGGUGCCGCCCGCGCCGCAGCACGCCAGCGGGCACGCCCACUCCGGCCCCACGCCCACGGGCCUAGCGGGCGAGGCCUCCGCCGCCUCCGCUUCCGGCCGUGGCGGUGGCGGCAGCAGGCCGCCGCGGCCCUCCGGCAGUGGUGGCCCGGCCUCAACCGGCGGGGCCGCGGGGCGAGGCGGCGGCGGCUUCGGGGCAGCGGCCCUGGCGGCGGGCGCGGCGGUUGUGGGCGUGGGCGGCAAGGGGCCGGUGUCGCCUGGGUCGCUGGGGGCGGGCGUGGUGGCUGGCGGCGCCAAACCGGCGCACCCGGGCGCGGCGGCGGGCCCGGGGCGGCCUGUGAGCAUGACUACGGCAUCUGGCGGCUCCGCCGCUGGUACGCCCGGUGCUGCUACUGCGGGUGGAGCGGCCGGACAGGCGGCUACAGCCACGACCUCUGCAGCUGCAGCAGGCCGUGCGGCCGAGACCGCGGCGGGGGCGAGCAAAGCCGCUGUGCCCGGGGCGGGGUCGGGCGCCGGGGCUGGGCAUGGGCACGGCGACACGGUGGCAGAGGAACAGGGGCUGGCCGGCCGGACGGAGGCGGCACCGACGGCGGCAGCGGACGUGGAGUCACGGGAGACGUCGGAGACAGGCAGCGUCAAGACGGACGAGGAGUCAAAGGAGGUUCUCAACAAUUCCAUGCGGGAAGCAGCCGCCGCCGCCGCCGCCGCAGCAGCAGCAGCCGCAAGCGAGUCUGACUCCGAGCCUGAGUCAGUGAGCUCAGGCGGCAGCUCUCCGCAUCGACAGGUUGUGCCGGGGCCAGGCGCUGCGGCUCCUCCGUCGCGAGCGCUGUCCGCUCAGGCGGCGCCCUCGCCAGCGGCCGCCGUGCCUCUCUCACACAGGCCGGGCAUGCCGACUAUGACGUCUGUGGGGCCGCGGUCAUUCAGCGCUCAGGCGGCGGCCGCUGCUGCCGGGGCCAGGGCUGCUGGGGGCGCUGGCGCGCGCACGCCGCAGCAAGCGGCGGCGGCGCCGCAGCCACCGCGGGCGCGGGUGGGGGCGUGGGAGAGUGCCAGCAUACCCAGCAGUGACGACGAGGCGCAGGAGGAGGGACGUGUGGGUGCGCGGCACGGGUCUGGCAGUGACAGUGGCGGUGACAGCGACUAUGGCUCAGACUCCGAGCAACAGCAACAGCAGCGGGGACAAGUGGCAGCCGGAGGCGGGGCGGCGGCGCGGCCGGGCGCAGAGGAGCUGCGGCGGCGGGAGAUCGCUGCGGCGGCGGCUGCAGCCAUUCAGGGGCGGAGCGCCGCAGACCCAGCCGUGCUUGCGGCGGCCACAGGUGGUGCGCUGUCACGCGCCGUGGUGAACGCAGCAGCUGGCGGUGGCAGUGGCGGCAGCGGCGGUGAUGCCAGCGGCGGCGGCGCAAUGAAGGUGGACCGCUGGGCUGACUGGGAUCUGGCGGACAGUACGGACGACCUGUCCGCAUGGGCCACUCGGGAUGAGGAUGACCCCAUGCGGGGCGGGCACCUGAAGGGCCUCACGCGGCCUUUGGUCGGCCACAUGGCGCCGGGGGGCGCUGGCGCCGGCGCCGGCGGUGCAUCCACCGCCGCGGCGACUACUGCCGGCGGGGUAGGCGGCGGCGUGGCUGUGGGGGCGGGAAGCGGAGGGAGAGGCGGCAGCUUGGGGCGCUUCGCGCCACCCCAGUCGCUGGCGGCGGCAGCGCCGGGCGCGUACGGGCUGCCGUUGGCGGCGCAACUGCAGCUGCAGGCGGCGGGCGUGGGACGGCCGCCGGCGGCAGCGGCAGCGGCGGCAGCGCCUGCCGGCUCCGCAGCCGGCGGCGGCGGCAGUCGGCCGAUGAGCGCAACGUCAGUCGCCGGUAGUAGGGGUGUUGGCAGCUGUCGCGGCGUUGGGGGUGCAGCGGGCGCCAAAGUGGGCACGGCGUCUGAAGCGGGCGCCGUUGCGCCGCAGAACGGCAAGGCACAUGCAGAGCCGUCAGGGUUAGCUGGUGCGGCGAACGGGCGGCCUAUCAGUGCUCACAGGCUGAGCGGCAGCAGCGGUGGCGGCGGCGGGAAUCAAGAUGGCGGUGGCGGCGAUGGCGGCAGUGACAGCGACAGUGAAAGCUCGGAUGAUGAGUUGCCGCCGCCGCCGCCACCGCCGCCACUGCUGCCGCGCUCAGGCGUUGUACCGGCAGGCGCUAGCGCAGCGGGGCUUGCUACAGCCGCGUCCAACGGCAGUAGCGCUUCGGCGGCGGCGCUUGCCCACACGGCUUCAGGUUCCAGCCCCUCGUCGCCCGCACACCCAAUGCGCCGCCCGCCGCUCGCCCCUUCACCGCCCGCCGGCCCCUCGCCAAGCCCAUUGCGGCCCGCCGCCGCCGCCGCCGGUGCCUCGGCGCCCUCCCGCGGCAACUCCGUCAACAGCCUCUCAAUCGGUGGCGGCGGCGGUGGCGGCGGCGGCAGUAUCUCUGGUGGCAGCGCCGCCUCCACUGCUCCAGCGGAGCCGCUGCCUGGCGCCGUGUAUCUGCAGCACUUUGCCGCAUUUCACGAGAUCCUCACCCUUUGCUACAGCCCCAUACCCACGCUGCUGGAAGCCGCCUCCCUCUCUGCCGCCGCGGCCGCGGCCGGCGCCGCUGCCGGAGGCGGCGGCAGUGGCAGCAUCACCAGCAGUAGCCGCCCGCCAUCACGCAUGGCGACGCCGGGCGGCGGCGGCGGCGGCGGCAUCGGCGGCAGUAGCUUCAGCGGCGCCGACCUGAUGGACCGCUACAGCUCCCUCAUGGCGCGGGCCGAGGCCUGGGUGGGCAAGCUGCAGGCGGCUGUAGCAGCCGGGCAGCUGCCGCCGGAGGCGGCGGCUGCAGCAGCUGCUGCUGCUGCCUCUGCUACAGCCGCGGCCCCGGCCGGGACGACGGUGGCGACGGUUACAGGGGCAGCGGCGGAGCCGCCGCCGCGGCGCUUCGUGGCGGUUAUGGACGACACGGCUCAUCCCGAGGUGCGGGCGGUGGUGGCUGCGGCGCUGGAGCUGUUGGCGGGCGAGGGCUGGUCCUUGGAUCCAGCAGACCAGGUCACGGAGGUGGCCAAACCAGACGCCGCCGCCGCCUCACCAGACGACGACGGACCAGGCACUGGCGGCGGCGCCGUCGCCACCGCCGCCGCCAGCCGCCCCGGCACCGCCGCAUCUUCAUCAUCGGCGGGAGGCGCACGCGGCGGCGGCGGCGCCGCCUUCGGCAGUGGCCCCGGCCAGCGGUGCUGCCACAUGUGGGACGUGUGUUGGAGCUGGAGUGUGCGUGUGCCGCGGCUGACGUCGUACAACGAGUUGCUGGUGUGGCAGCGCGUGAACCACUUCCCGGAGGCGCGGCAGCUGACGCGGAAGGACCUGCUGAAGAAGCACCUGGCCAAAUUCCAGGCCAUGCACAACACUGGCCGGGCGGCUGCGCUGUUCGACCGGCUGACUCCCACCACCUUCACGCUGCCCAAGGAGGCGGCGGCCUUCCAGGAGGCCUACGUGCGGGCGCUGCACGGAGUGGAGCCCACCUGCGUGCAGCCCAUGGGUUUGAACCUGUGGAUCCAGAAGCCCGUGGGUCUGUCGCGCGGCCGCGGGAUCAGCCUGCUCACCUCGCUCAAACAGAUGAACACGUCGGAGCCGGUGGUGGUGCAGAGGUACCUGACUGACCCGCUGUUGGUGCGCGGCCACAAGUUUGACCUGCGGCUGUACGUGCUGGUGGCGGGCUUCAACCCGCUGGAGGCCUGGAUGUACGAGGAGGGCUUCGCCAGGUUCAGCACGCUGCCUUUCAGCCUGGACGAGGCCCAGCUGGGCGACCUGCACGUGCACCUCACCAACAGCAGCCUGCACCGGGCGCGGGCGGAGGCGGGGCAGCUGCCGGACUUCCUCGCGGAGGCGGAGCCGGCGGGCGGCUCCAAGACCAGUCUGGCCACACUGCGCAAGCUGCUGGCCAAACAGGGCGCGGACUGGCAGUCGCUGUGGGGCCGCAUCUCCGAGCUGGUCACCGCGGCGCUGUUCGCGGCCCAGGAGUCCGGGCCCAUACCGCACGCGCCCAACGCCUUCGAGCUGUUCGGGUUCGACGUCAUGAUCGACGCCCAGCUCAAGGUGUGGCUGCUGGAGGUCAACUCCAGCCCCAGCCUGGGUCUGGACACGGCCCUGGACCGCGCCGUGAAGCCACGGCUGGUGGCGGAUGUGCUGGCGCUGCUGGGGCCGCCGGCGUGGGACAGGGGCGCGCUGGCGGGCGUGCUGAGGGCGAGGACGUGCACGGGCCGUGGCAGCCGGCGCGGCGCCCCGGGUCUGCUGAGCGGCACCGUGUCAGAGGAAAAGGAGCUCGCGGCGGCAGACCUGGCGGCAGUGUUUGGAGGAGGACGUGGAGCCGUGGCAGCGACAACAGCAGUGGUGGGGACAGGAGGGGGAGGGGGAGGAGCAGGGAAUGGGGCCGGCGGAGGCGGCUCGCUGCCGCGGCGCUAUGGCGAGCAGCCGACGUGUCUGGGCGGCUUCACCACGCGCCUGGCGCCCUCGCCCUUCCACGACCGACUGCUGAGGCUGAGGCGGCCGCUGCCGUGAGCGGAGAGAGGGCGUGUACGGUGGGCGAGACACGGGGAUGGGGCGUGGGGCAAAUGAGGGGCGAGCGAGUAGCCAUGAAGCGUGGCGUGGCGUGGGUGUGCUGAUGUCGGGAAUAAGGUUGUGAGGUUGGGCGUUGGGCGGCGGUCAAGUUUCAUGCGAAGGUUGCUGGUGCGAGCUCUUGCUGGCGGUGCCUGUACAGACCAUCCUGGCUUGUCAAGGAGAACCAAAGCUAUUUUGGGUUGUGCCCCUUGCCAGGUUCUCACACCUCAAUAAUGCUCAGCAAGCCAGUCAGUCCGUGGCCCACCAAGUUACGAGUUCCCUGAGUUCAUUGUGACAAUUUGGCCUAGUGGCCGCGUCUCUCUAUGCCUCAAUCCGGCAGACGCUUCUGAGCGAGGCGGUCCUGCCCUCAAUUGCAAUCGCCACAUUGCCACGGCGGACCCACAGACGACGCGACAGGGCGAGCAAGCGGGUGUAUGCCACUCAAUGCACUGACGCGGAAUCUCGCGGAAGUUCAACCCGCCGCCGCGCCCAUUUUCCUC